AUGGCCCUCAGCAAUUCCAGCUGGAGGCAACCCCAGCCCUCUUUCUUCCUAGUAGGCAUUCCAGGCUUGGAGGGAAGUCCUUUACUUCCUUGCUCUAUGACUAUUAUCUUCAUCAUCUGGACUGACUCCUCGUUGCACCAACCCAUAUACCUCUCUCUCGCCCUGCUCACUGCUGUUGACCUGGUCCUGGCCUCCUCCACUGCACCCAAAGCCCUCACAGUGCUUCUGGCUUAUGCUCAUGAGAUUGGGUACAUUGUCUGCCUGACUCAGAUGUUCUUCAUUCAUGCCUUCUCAUCUAUGGUGUCAGGCAUACUUGUGGCCAUGGCUCUGGACCGCUAUGUUGCCAUCUGCCACCCUCUGCGCCAUUCUGCCAUCCUGCAUCCAGGGAUUAUAGGGCGCAUUGGGAUGGUGGUGCUGGUGAGGGGAUUGGUCCUCCUCAUCCCUUUCCCCAUCCUGUUGCAGAAUCUUGUCUUCUGCAGAGCCACUGUCAUAAGCCAUGCCUACUGUGAGCAUAUGGCUGUGGUAAAACUUGCCUGUUCUGAAACCAUAGUGAAUCGAGCCUAUGGGCUGUCAGUGGCACUGCUGGUAGUUGGGCUAGAUGUCCUGGCCAUUGGCAUUUCCUAUGCCCUCAUCCUCCAGGCAGUGCUGAAGGUCCCAGGGGGUGAAGCCAGACUCAAGGCCUUCAGUACAUGUGGGUCUCAUGUUUGUGUCAUUCUCAUCUUCUACAUCCCUGGAAUGUUCUCUUUCCUCACUCACCGCUUUGGGCACCAUGUUCCCCAUCAUGUCCAUGUUCUGCUGGCCACACUCUAUCUCCUUGUGCCACCUGCCCUCAAUCCUCUUGUUUAUGGGGUGAAGACUCGACAGAUCCGCCAGCGAGUGCUCAGGGUGUUCUACACAAAAGCAUCAAGCUGA